UCGAUUGCUAACUCCAAAGCUCAUUUUGGCGAUCAUACAGACUCUCUGUUCAGCUACGAGGAGAAAACCCUGACCGGGCCGGACAAAUGGGCCUCACUAGAUCCGGAUUGGGCCAUAUGUGGCGACGGCAAAGAGCAGUCCCCGAUCGACAUCUCCAAGGUGGAAGCCAAGCAGGACAUGGGACCCCUAGAGCACACCUACAACGCCGGCGCCUGCAUAAUGCAAAACCGAGGCCACGACUUCAUCCUGAAAUGGAAAGAUGGGAAUGGCAAACUGACGGUGGAGAAGAAGGAUUACGUGCUCCAGCAGGUGCACUGGCACGUCCCCUCCGAGCACACCGUCAAUGGCACCAGGUGCGCAUCCAUGCCAAAGGUUCGACAUGGAAAUGCACCUGGUCCACCAGGACUCCAGCAAUGCCCGCGCCGUCAUCUCCGUGCUCUUCUCCACCAAACAAGCCGGACACCCCAGCAAAACCUUGACUAGUAUGGGGCCAUACUUCAAGAGGCUUGCCGGUAAGGAUAACGAGGACGAGGAUGUGAAGGAACCGGUGGAUCCAUCCCACUGGGUAGACGAAUCUUCAGGCUACUACAGAUACGAGGGCUCCCUCACAACACCGCCCUGCACCGAAGGUGUUAUCUGGACCAUCAUGAGCAAGGUAAAACACGUAACGGAGGAGCAGAUCAAGCUGCUGGACGGAGUGUCCGAGAUACCGGAAGAGAAUAAUCGCCCGGCUCAGAAGAUCAAUGAUCGAGUUGUUCGCUACUACGAAAGCGAGUCAGCAAAGAGUGGGAUGGAGAAGAAAACAUAGUUGCGGUACUGCUCUCCAGGACCGCGGAACUGUGGCUCUGUACAACUCUUCCCUCCGAUUCAUCUCGGAGAACUAAGCCGAGACUAACUAUAAGCACAUAUAGAAUAGAUGAUGAUAUGCACAAAACAAAAAUCCAAGAUAAGCAGAUGAUAUGUUGAUAGGUCAGUUUUUCCAUAUGCUUCAUAGCUAAUACUGGAGCUUGUAGUUUCACCGGCGGA